AAAAAAAAAAAAAAAAAACCCGUACAACGAGGCUCUUCUACACGGCUCUCCCCAUGAACUCGUGACAGCGCGGCCCCGACGAAGGAAAGCCGAAUCCGAGACGGUGCACCAGAGGUGUAGAGCCGCUAUUAAUCGACGGAGAAUCUCGGUCGACGAGGGAGCGUUGCACGCGAGACGGAGACGACGGAAGAAGAGUGAAAGGGAAGGAGAGCGAGAAAGACGUAUACGACGUGCGUGUGUGUGUAUGCGCGCUUGAGAGCCGCCGAGCCGACUUGCGCGAGCGACAGAGACAGAGCGACGAAGAGGAGGCAGAGAAGAAUUAUCGAGUGAAUCCACAGGAGAGGAUACUGCGUUCCGCGAGCAAAGCGUGGGGUAUCCAGGAGACACGAGAGAUCCGUCUCACUGAAGGCAAAUCGAAGCAAAACGUGGCGGAUUCGGUGACCCUUCGACUGCGACCAGGCCCAUAGGUAGUAGAUAGGGCAAGGAGAUGCGUGAAUAUAAAAUAGUGGUGCUGGGCAGUGGAGGUGUAGGCAAGUCCGCCCUCACUGUCCAAUUCGUGCAAGAGAUCUUCGUAGAAAAGUACGACCCGACGAUCGAAGACAGUUAUCGUAAACAAGUCGAGGUCGACGGUCAACAAUGUAUGUUAGAAAUCUUAGACACAGCCGGCACAGAACAAUUCACAGCCAUGAGGGACCUUUAUAUGAAAAAUGGGCAGGGCUUCGUAUUAGUAUAUUCGAUAACAGCACAAUCGACCUUCAACGACCUGCAAGAUCUCAGAGAACAGAUCCUACGAGUAAAGGACACAGAUGACGUACCGAUGGUGCUAGUAGGCAACAAGUGCGACCUGGAAGACGAAAGGGUAGUAGGAAAGGAUCAGGGUGUCAACCUUGCCCGACAAUUCAAUUGCGUGUUUAUGGAGACCUCUGCCAAAGCUAAAAUUAAUGUUCGCGAUAUUUUCUACGACCUGGUGCGGCAAAUAAAUAAGAAAUCGCCAGAGAAAAAAAUGAAGCAGAAAAAGAAAUCGCUGUGCCUACUUUUAUAAGGUAGAUAUGGCGGAGCCCAUACUCUCCUACAUGAAAAUCCGAAGAUACCAGUGGUUAAAAAAAAAAACAUGAUUGGAAUGGUUAUAAAUCAAGAAAAAUACUAAUGACAAAAGAAGAGGAGGGGGCUGACAGAAUAUUAAGUGUGACAGUAAAGAAUAGGAGUUUAAGAUAUCGAAAUCCAGACAGUUGUAAAAUGACAGGAGAAUAAGGGCACAAGUUAAUGCAGCGGAAUGAAGAACGAAGGAAUACGUAGAAAGGAACACACAAGCGAUAAGCGAAAGAGGAUAUUGUAUAUACGUUGGUUCCGGGGUGGCUCGUGUGCACGGCGUAAGCAAUGGCGCACAAAGUAGGGAUACGAGACCCCCGCAGCAUCGGUUAUCAUUGUAGGAGUUUUGCAUGAAUAAAUGAAGAAAAGAAAUGAUUAAUUAAUAUUAUAUUUAGGAGAAAGGAAGAGAAAAAAAAAUGUUUGUGGAUGUGCGCGUGCGCAGGUCACCAGCCCCCAUGCUCGCCGCGCGCACACCUCUCUCUCUCUUAUAUAAUAUAAUAAUUAUACAUAGAUGGUACACACAUGAACAUGAUUAUUGCUAUUAUUAUUAUUAAUAUUAAUUAUUAAUUAUUAUCGGGAUCAUCAAAAUAUUCAUAAGUUAUCAAACUGUUCGUUUCUCAAACAAAGUAUGUUUUUCUAUAUCUCUCCGUAUUAAAGCAAAUAAUAAAAAAAAUCAGUGAAUGUUAAAGAAAAGGGCCCAAGUUUCCUAUUCUUAUAAUAUAACCUGGAUCUUAUUUUAUUCUGAGCCACCCCUCGCCCCUAUUCCCCUGCCCUUUAUUUCGUUUGUAACCAUUUUCUGACAUGUCGCGUGAUUGAUUAGUCUAUAGAAUAAUUCUUUUUCUUGUUUCGUAUAAUCUAUAUCAAAUAAGGUAAUAAGAACAGAAAAAAAUAACUUUGUGAUAUAUUCAUAAUGUAAUUGAGAGAUGUGUGUCAAAUGCGAACGUAGAUAAAAAAAAAUGUAACACGAUUACUAUUGCAAUAGAUUUGUACGAGAAUUGUGCGAGAACUCGAUUAAAUGCGUAUAAUAUUACAACAUUCAGCGGUUAUCGCGAAUAAAGACUAUUCGCACGAGAGAAAUGUGAAUUUCGCGCGAGAUAUAUUAUACUAUACAGGGUAUAACAAGAUUGUUACUGCGUUUGCUUUCUGAAAAGUAUAGUAAGUAGGUGUGGGAGGAAGAGAGAUCUCGUUACAAAAUUGAAAAAUUCGACGACACCGUCUUCUCUCUCGACGGGUUCUUUGGUCUAUUAAAAAAAUAUAACAGCGAGCGCAA